AUGGCGUUGUCGCCAGAAGCAGGCGAUGCAGAAGCCGUCCAGAAGACGCCAAGUCAGAAGCAGUCGAGUAAUCCGCGGACGACAGUCUCUCCGAAGCGGUCAACUCGGAAGAAACUCAGUGGCGAAAAACUGCCCAACGCUGUCAGGUCGUCUCCGCGUCCUCAGAAUUCCGCCGUUUAUGGAGUUAGAAAAACUGAUGAUGAAGAUAAUCGUUUGUUUUCUAUUCGACUUGAAGAAAAAACAGAAUUAUUAUCGCUUCGAAAGAUUGAAAAAAAUCGAACUAAAAUACGUAUUUAAAAAAAGAAAAUCGAAUCAAUAUACGUCUUUUUUUAAAGCGAUUUUUUUGUUUUCUCGCCAGUUUGAGUUUCUAUUUGGAUUGGUGCACAAAAAUUCCUUAUGUUUCAUAAAACACCUGUCCAACGGGAAGCAGACAAAAAAACACGAGAACAAUUUUUUUCAUUUCAAAUUCGUGUGAUUUUUCUUCCCAAUUGACGACCCCUAAGAAAUUCUGUGUAGACCAUCAGAAUCAAAAAGAAAAAUUUUUUUAAAUAUCAAUAUUUUUCUCAAACCUCAACUAAAAUCACUCCCAACCUAAAAAUGAAUUUCAGAUAUGUAUAUCAUUUUCCAGAAAGCGCCUUCGACUUCGUCACCGAUUGCAUGUCGAUGAUGUCGAUGAUGACGUCAACGCAAUGGCUCACCAUCGUACCCAUGCAUUUCCUCAUUGACGGAGGCUGUACGUCUUCGAGUUUGAAGUCGGCUGUGAAAUCAAAAAAGUUUUUUCCAGUUGCCUACUUGACUGCGACUAUCUUAAACGCAGUUAUUUUCGUUCUCCCUCUGCUGGCUCUCGAAAUUUUCAUCGGCCAGAUGACACAGAAGUCGCCUGUGGGAGCUUUCCAGUCCUAUGGCGUCUUCUUCACCGGUGAGUUUCCACUCAUUGUCGUUUCAGUUCAAGUCGAUAAGGUAAGAGAAGGUUUUUCAGGAAUCGGGGUCGGAUUGAUGGUCUUCACGUGUCUGCAGCACGUGCUGCAAGUCUUCGAAUUGGGCGUCUUCCUGAGACAUCUUUUCAAACUGUCCUCCUACGGCUUGAACUCUGUCGCCGACUGCAGCUUCGACAUUCCUUCAAAUCAACGUUUUUUUUUCCAACUGGAAGUUUUUUCCAACUUUUCUUGUAUCAGAAUGUGUCGAUAUUCACGAAACUAACGGCUCAUAUCAUUCUCCGCUUGUCUACUUUCAAAGGUUUUCAACUUUUUUAGAACUCAACUUUUGCAGAUAGUAAAUAAUAAGGUCGAAAUGGCCAAAGUCACAGAAAAAAAGAGUUGAAACAUGGAAAAUUGCAGCUCGGUUGCCAGAAAUGCUUCGUUUUCUUCGCCCACAGUGAGUUAAUUGCCGCGAUUACGACAAAGAAUUGAUUAUUCUCAGGGGAUCUAUAUUUUCGUUUCUAUUCUCGUCUUCAACAUGAUUUUGUUGCAAAUGCCAAUAAAAUGGUUCAAAGUUCUUAUGAGUGUCCUCCGUAAGUUGAUCCCGAAAUUUCGAGCUCUCAAAAAACAUUCCCGUUUCAGUGGUUUUGUCGGGGGUUCUUUUGCCGAUUGUAGCAUUUGCCAACUCGAUUGGAAUCCAUUCCUGGGCAAUGGAAGUGGCCUUGCAGGCUUCAUCAUAUUACUGCUUCUCGCAAUCAAAGGUCGUCGUUUUUCUGUUCGAAGAUUCUGAAAAGAGUUUUUUUCGGUGCAAAAAUAAUACUCGCAGUUUUUCUUCUCUCAUCGUUGAAUAAUGAACAUACUUUCCUUAUUUCUCUUUCAAAAAAACAGAUUGAACUUUCCAAUUUUGAAUUUUCGACGAAGUUUUCCGAAACGUGUUUGUGAAAGCCAUUUUGAACAUUAAUUCACAGGGUCGUUUUCAACAUAUUCUUUUGAUUCCAGUAGAGUUCAAAAAAUAUAUCUCAGCCUUUCUAGGAAAAAUCUUAGAAUAUGUUGUGUUCUGAUAAAAAUGAACAGCUGGUGGAGGAAAAGCUUGCUUCAGAUGUGGACAGUCUCGUUUCGAUCUGCACUGCUGUGUCUGCGUCUCACGGGCUACGGGGUCUCUUCACUCGCUUCUUUCCGACCCAAAAACAGCAGAUUCUACGAGGUAGAUCUGUGGAAUAUGUCAGCUCCUCAUGAGGAAGGUACAGCUCUCGGCAGCCUGUGUGGGCUAUGUCGUGUUCGGUAUUCUGGUCUCCUCAUUAAUUCCCAACGACAUCCACGCCUCGCCCAAGGAGAACCACCAUUUCCAUUACAUGAGCCGAUUUCACAUUUACGACCAGAGUUUGUCAAAAAACUCUUCUUGUGAGGAGUUGCAUCUUUCAGGUAUCGCGAUGCCGACCGUCAAGAUCCCCGAAGUCCACGCCGUACACCGUAUAGCAGAUUUCCGCCUUGUUCUCUUCAACAUUCUUUAUCUCGUCAUGCAGUUUUCUUCAAAUCUAGGUAUCACUUUGGUUAUGUCUCCCUGACUUUCGUGAACAUUUGAUAUUUUUUCGAUAGAUUGUUAAUCGAAACUCUGAUGCAGAUGAAACGGAGAGAACAUUAUUAUGAAGCAUUUACAUAGUGUUCAACUGAGAAACUAAAAAUUUCUGAGAACGUAAUAAAUGUUUAUUUGCUAUCGGAAAAUGCUUUGAAACAGUAUUCUUCUUUGUUUUUUUUCAGAAAUUUUUUUUCGUUAUGGAAAAAAAAUUUUUUUUCAAAAAACACGUCCUAAAAACCGUGGUAAUUGUUCAGGCGUCAAAGAUUAUCUAGUCAGUACGAAGACGAGACGGAGAGAAAAAUCUUUUUAAUCAAAAAGUUUUUUUAUCUCUUUCUUCUCUCGAAAGAACAUCGAAAUCCUUAAAUGUAAUUAUUUUUACAAAUUUGCUGACGAGUUUCCAAAAAAAGAGGAAAAUUGUUAGAAAUUCUCGAUGAAUUUUGAUUAUCAAAAAAAGGUCAUUGACCGGAUGAUUUUUUCGUCCUUCCGAUCUUUUUUUUUACUCUUUAGGCGGACUGAUCUCACUGAAAGCCUUGGCUCGAGACUAUGCUGCUCUCAAAACUUACAUUACGUACAGCUUCGUUGCCUUGUUUGCGGUUCUGUUUUAUGCACUGGUGAUCUUGAACUUUAUAUGAACGAUGAAAAAUGUCUUGUUUUCUUGCAGGUGCCUUUCAGUUCGAUACAGACCUCCUCCAUCGGCUUGGUCUCUUCUACCGUUGUAACGUUCUACACGUUCCUCUCUUUGCUUGUUUUUGUCUUUCUUUACGGUUUUGAUGUUGGUCGAAAAAGACAAAUCUUUUCUGCGUUGAGGGGUGAUCCACUUGCUGAAAGACCUCACCAGAAUCUACUCUGAGCCCGAAGGCUUCAUCCGGUACUUCACAGUCUUUUCGCCUAUAAACCGCUUCACCUGGCGGGAAGUCGUACCUUUCAUGCUUUGCGUAGGACUUUCCCAUCGUCUCGAAAAUUACUCAAAGUUUUCAGAUUUUCCUUGUGAUCGAGACAUUCGAAAUUGGCAGACGUGCUCACAAAAAUCGAAUCGCAAGUUUCUUAUUACAUCGAAAAAGAACCAUCUCGUACCAUUGAUUUAUCCACAGAUUGAAACUUCAAAAGAUAUAAUAUUUUCUUAGCUUGAAAUUAAACAUUUUAAAAUGCAAUAAAGAAAUCGGCCAUUCUUCCUGAAAAUCUCAAUCAUCUUAACAAUUUUGUCAUUCGUUUCGAGCUUUUAAGCUGGAAAUAGGAGUUGCCCACCUGGAUUAAAAGUUUUUCCCACAAGUUAUCAUAUUGAUUGGUUUAAUUUUUGUAGUUGUGGUGGGUUUGGCGUUUUUGCCUGAUGAAUUUUUGGAGGAAAACUGGAGUUUUUGAUAGUAAGAAAAUUAAAUUACGCUAAUUUUUUUUCACUUCAGACGGCCCCUGAGUCAAUUUUCUUCGUUCUUCGGUGCUCCCCGGAAUAUCCCAUUUUUUUUUGUUUUCAGUACAUAGUACCCGCGUCGAUCGUUGGUUUAAUGAUGGCGAUUCCACUAUUUUUUAUUUUAUUGGUAUUUUGGUAUUAUCGAAUCCAAACUGUCGAGGUUCUUCAAAUGUGAAUAAAGAGUAAAUCGAGAGCAAUUUCAGAAAGAACUGCAACCGCUGUUAUUUCCAAGCAAAGCUCACCACAUGUAUGAUCCAUCUCCUCUUUUCAGUUGGUCCUUUUCGAAGACUCAAGGAAGUAAAAAGAAAUGGCUUCAGAAGCCAAAAGGCGUAAAGGCACAAAAGAGCAGAUUUUGCCGCCUCCGCUGCCAGUCUCAAAAGAAUCGACGAUGAUGAUAUUGGCUGAAUCGAAUCUGACAAUGUCGAUGAUGACCAGCGAACAGCCGCCGACGUCGGUGUCUCGAACCAUGGGUUUUCGUUCCAAAACUAAGUUCUUUCCGAUCAGUUAAUGAAUAUUUCAAAAUAAGCAUCCCGUAUUGCCAAAAGCUUUGAAACCACUCAAUGAAAAGUAUCUUAUUUGAUUUUUUCCAAUGCAUAAAGAAGUAUGAAUUGUCUUCGAAAAUGCGUGAUUUCAGCAUUUUUCAAAAUGGUCGAAAUGCGUCAGAUUAAAAAAUGUGGUCGAAAUGGGUGCUCGAGAAAAGUGCGCUAUAACAAUUUGAAUAAAAAUAAUCUUAAUUAAUGGCGAAGCUAGAUAAGAGAAAAUCUGAAGCCUCUUACAAAUAUUGACCUCCUUGGUUUAGUAGAUGUACUAUAUAUAUAUAUCUUCAAGUAUUUGAAAAAUAAAAAGAAAGAUAAAUUUGUGAUAUCGUGUUAUCAACUUCCCUAAUUUAAGAAAUCAUCUUUUCUUAUUCUUUAACUCUUUUUGACUUUUUCGUAUGAUUUGGUAUCUUCACGAUAGUCUUCUCCCUUGGGCUGAAACGAUUUGUGAUUGUUGAUUAACGUUGAGCGCUAUUUUCUGAUUGGUUAUUAGUUAAGUUUCUUCUUCAAAAUAGUUUCUCUUUGAGUUUAAAUUUUAUUUCAUGAGAAAAUCUGUAAUAUCGACUUUUUUUUUCUGAACAAAAAAUUUAAUUAGAGAAGAUUUUUGCUUCUUCACAUGACUAAGAAAGAAGGUUGCGGUUUAAUUAAUUCAUUUGUGCUCGUAAACAAAGAGGUGGUUGAUGCUCACUCAAUCAAGGAGAAAAAUGCACAACACCCUUUGCGCAAACUUAAUGAUAAUAAUGAUUCAACAUGGUUCGCCUUGAAUUUUUAAUUAAGAGACGAGAAAAAGCUCAAAAAGAGAUAUCAACCCGCGCUAUCAGUACAUUUCUUCACAAACAAAUUUCGAACUUUUCCUUCUAGAAAAAAGUUCUCGAAUUAUUCAGGAAAAUCUGCGGUACUGACAUUUUCUGAUAAAGUUCUACUAUCAGCUCACCUCCUUAAGGAUAAUAACAGGAAAACGCUGCAGAGACGGAUAAACCUCUUCUUUUUUCACAUUUUUUCCUCAAUCAUUUUGAAUAUUGUCUCAAGCGAGCCAUGACUCGACAAACUAAAAUGACUAUCUGAUCUGCUACAAAUUAAAGAUUUUAACAUUAAAUUUGAGAAAUUUUUUUCAAAACUCUGAUACGGAUACUACAUGACACUAAAAAUCUCGAGUCAAUCCAGAAUCGAGCACUGUUAGAGCUGUUUUUUCCUAUUGAAGUUCAAACUUUUAUAGCUCACAAGGAAGUUCAUUUUACUUUACGGUUGAGAACUUCCUAAAAUUUGGCCAGAAAACUCCUUGAUGUACUAGUAGAAGAUUCUGAUAGUUUCAACUAUGAAGCCCCGAAAUCAAGAUACUUAAUUAGUGUUUUCUUUGACUCAUAGGUGUCCUUAGUCAAAAACUAAGAGGUUGUGCAAGUCGAGACUUUGUGAAACUUCAUGUGGUUCAUCAAGGAGCGUUAGGGCCAAUUUUCAGAAAGUUCUCAACCACAAAGCAAAAUGAGCUUUCAUGUCAGGAAUUUUACCAAUUGAAAAUUUUUUUCAAAAAUAUUUUUUAGUCGUUCAAAUUUCAAUUUCUCCCUCUGACUUUUUGAAGAGUUAGUUUCCUUUCGGAAUUUGAAUUGGGAGGACAGCACUCGGUAAGGAUGAGCCGUGUCUGCGAAAAAUAUAAUGUGGAACUGCUAAAUUAGUAGUCUUGUUUGGAUUGGAGCGCAAGUUGCGUCAAUACCUGCAACCUCUAAUUUAUCAUUUUUCUCUUCCCAAGCUUCCCGUUCAUUCGCUGCAAUUUUUUUCUAAUGUGUUAACCAAGCGUUAAAAACCUUGGCUUUCUGUGGAUUUUGACAUUUUCAACGAGACACGCCUUCUUUAUGUUAUUCCUCUAUCAUUUUUUUAAGCUUCCUCUAUUCAUAAUCAACCAUUCAUUUUCUCUUUUUUAAUAUAAUCAGCUUUGAACCAAAAAAUUUUAGAGCGAAUUUUGGUUUAGCUUCUCCGUCAAAACAGUUGCAAGUAAAAAAAGCUUUGAAUUUACGCUCUCAAAACUUUGGUAAAGGAAAAAGAAACCCGUAAAUUUUUGAACUUCAAUUCAAGGUAACCACUAUAUGGACUUUAUUUCACAAAAGGGAGUAAUUUUAAAAACAAACUUUAAAAAACUUCAAAGCUGUGAAAAAAAAUGUCUGACAUGUCUGCGCCCUCUUUUUUUCUCACCGGCGAACAAUGCAAAUAGCACAUGAAUCCGAGAGCACAGACACGUCAGACUAGUCCAAGUUGUUGAUAACUAAACUCCUUUUUGGACUCUAUUUUCCGACUGUUUCCAAUUCGAAAUCUGUGUUUCAAUAGCCGUUCGAUUAUUGAAAUGAGCAACUUUCGAGAGUGUCUAAUUUAUUGAAAUUAGUGAAAGAGCUCAAAACACAGCCUCCGUGCCUGAACAAGCGAAAUCCAUUGAGAAUAGUGUCGAGGGCAGGUGCAAAACCUUUCCACUCUCGCCUUUUCGUUUCAUGCACUCGAGAAGGAGUCUCUAAGCUUCGUUGAUUGUUCUUUCAAGUUCCGAAGCUCGACGAGCUCUGGCUCUUAUGCUCGAGCUCUUUGGAGACGUGCCCACGGCGACGCUGAGAUUCGCCCUCGUCUUCGGUCUCGUAUGGAACAUCAUCUAUGUCAGAAUUCUCUUCAGUACCAGCUUCCUCGAGAGCAAGGUAACUAGAAUUGAAAAAAAGUCUCUUUGAGACAUCCGGUGGACUUUUUUUUUUCUGAGUUCCUGAUCGAAUCAUCCCAUCAAUACAAAAAUAACCUCUAUCUAAAUUAUUUUCUCAGUCCACUCACUAAGUAGUUCAAAAGAAUGGUAGCUUGGGUCUAAAAUUCGGUUUAAAGUUGGUCAACAUGUGAAAAUAUAAAAGUAUACGGAAGGCUAUUACAGUCAUUUGCAAAAAAUAAGAAGAUUUUUCUUCACACUUCUCGUAAGAAACCAAAAAAAAAGUUCUUUGCUCUUUUAAACUUGUUUCUGUAUAGGGGUAUAGGGAUCAUGUUCUUCAUGAUCUCGAUGAGAAAUUAUCCAAACAGUAUGUAUUGCAGAAGACGUUCUAUGUAUUGCUGGUGAUUUACGAGGUGGUCGCCUUGAUGCUGUUCAGUGCGGUUCCAUGGGCUCUUUGGCGUAGGGCUUUCGUCUUCCCGAGCGCAAGCAUCUGCGUCUGUAUGGACUGCAUUAUUGGCUUGAACGUUCUUCUGUACAUGCGCAUGUUGGCUAUUCAUCGUCUCCGUUGGUCUUUUCUCAUCAACUACUUCUACAGGUACUUCGAGUUUAUGAAACUACGGAAAACCAGAUCAUUGAACUGAAGGAAAUAUGAUAAAGGGCCUAAUUACAGAGUUGUUCCCGGAGCUUCCAUUACUAUCGUGGCCCUUCUCACAGCUAGCCGUUAUGCUCACUUCCUGAUUGACCGCUUUAUUGGUUCUGGAACUGCAGUUUCUGUAUUUUAUAACGUCAGAAACCAAGAGAGAAAUUUGAAAACCCGCUUUUUCUUGAAGGGAACCAAAGUAGCGAGGCUUUUUCUGGCGUGCGUGGUGACAGUUGCGCUCGUCCGCGAGUCGUGCAUUUUGCAGAGCCCUGACGACGAGGAACGUCGCAAUGAGUUAUUCAUGAUUGAUUACAUGGCUCUCAAGCAGAGCAUUCCAAUCACGUUCUACACGAUGGUGAGUCUUUUUGGGAAAUGUUCGAAUAAAAAGAUGAGUCAUAGAUAGCCUUGGGCUACUACGAAUCCCGAGAUUACUUCCAUAAUCAAUUCGUCGAAGCCGCCAUCGUUAUCCUGUAUCCGUAUGUGAUAAGCCUCUCGUUUUUGUGGACUCAGCCGUCGUUGCAACGACAACUGGCCGUCAUGUUCAGCCGGAAGAGACCCAAGCUCUCCGCCAUCUACGUUGCCGACGAGAACUCUGACCACGCCGUGCGAGUCCACAUCAAGCCUCUCGACGUUGCCAGCCUUGACGUUAUUCCUUGA